UUCACAACAGAGCACAACUCAAGCCUGAAGCUGCACCAUAAUCAGCAGGCAAUUACAUGCUGCUAGAAAAUCGUGGUUUUUUUUGUUUUGUUUUGCUUUGCAGAGAGGCACAUUGGGCUUUAAAAACGUAAAUAGGUUGGCACGGCAAGGUCUAAUUGCAAACCUUGUUUUGGGAAUAUACGAAAAAUACGGAGUGACCUGUGUUUAGGAGCUGUCAUGUCAGCUGGGGGAGCUGAGGAAGACAUCCCUCUGGGAGAGAGGAAGACUGUCACAGACUUCUGCUACCUCUUGGACAAAUCCAAACAGCUCUUCAACGGCUUGAGAGAUUUACCUCAAUAUGGACACAAGCAGUGGCAGUCUUACUUUGGACGUACCUUUGACGUUUACACCAAACUCUGGAAGUUCCAGCAGCAGCACAGACAGGUGCUGGAUAACCGAUAUGGCCUGAAGAGGUGGCAGAUCGGAGAAAUUGCUUCGAAGAUUGGACAGCUGUACUACCACUACUACCUACGCACUUCUGAAACCAGCUAUUUGAAUGAAGCCUUUUCUUUCUAUUCUGCAAUAAGACAAAGAUCCUAUUACUCUCAAGUCAAUAAAGAAGAUAGGCCUGAACUGGUUGUCAAAAAGCUUCGUUAUUAUGCACGAUAUAUUGUAGUCUGUCUUCUGCUCAAUAAAAUGGAUCUUGUGAAAGAUCUAGUUAAGGAUUUAUCAGACGAGAUUGAAGAUUACACCCAUCGCUUCAACACGGAGGACCAGCUGGAGUGGAACCUGGUCCUGCAGGAGGUGGCAGCCUUCGUUGAGGCAGACCCAGUGAUGGUGCUGAACAAUGACAACACUGUGGUGGUCACAUCGAAGCGGCUGGUGGAGGGGGGGGUCCCCCAGCUGGAGCAGGGCAUGAUCGUGGGGCAGCUUACACUAGCUGACGCGUUAAUCAUUGGGAACUGCAAUAAUCAGGUCAAGUUUAGCGAGUUGACAAUAGAUAUGUUUAGAAUGCUCCAAGCUCUUGAGAGGGAACCAGUGAACUUGGCAACACAGAUGAAUAAACCUGGAAUGCUGGAGCCGAGCGAGAAGCCUGCCAAGCGCGAGAAUCCCCACAAGUACUUGCUGUACAAGCCCACCUUCAGCCAACUCUACACAUUCCUCUCCGCAGCGUUUAAGGAACUUCCUGCCAACAGCGUGCUGCUGAUGUAUCUGUCUGCGACGGGCGUCUUUCCUGCGGGCCGCUCUGAUUAUGAAGGUCCCUAUGAUUUUGGCGGAGUGCUCACUAACAGUAAUCGUGAUAUUUUAAAUGGGGAGACGGUGCACAAGCGGAAUCAGGCCCACAAGGAAAUGCACUGUCUUCAUCCAGGUGACUUGUAUCCCUUCACGCGAAAGCCUUUGUUCGUAGUCGUAGAUUCCUCCAAUAGUGUUGCAUACAAGAAUUUCACAAACUUAUUUGGACAGCCAGUAGUUUGCCUACUUUCUCCAACAGUCUAUCCUAAGAACAUGCAAGAUCAGUCCCAGCAAGGAAGCCUCUUCACGCUCUUCCUCUACAACCCCCUCAUGGCAUUCCUUUAUGUCUGCGGGCUGUCCAGCAUGCGCAGUGGAUUGUGGGACAAGUGCCAGGAGUUCCUGAGGAAGGUGAACCGUGACCUGGGCCAGCUGAUAUCGCGCUCCCGCUCCAUAGAUCAAGCUUUUCUCCAAUUCUUUGGGGAUGAAUUUCUUCGGCUACUCUUGGUUCGGUUUGUCUUUUGUUCAGCGACUAUGAGGUUGCACAAGGUUUUCAGGGAGACAAGGAAUUACCCUGAAACCUAUCCGCAGCUUCCAAAAGAAGAGACUGUCGAGAACCCCAUGGUUCAAAAGCACGUCCUGGAGCUGGCUUCUAUUCUGGACGUUCAGAAUCUCUUCUGCGACAACACCCUUGACGAUUACUAGUGAACACACUUGCUUAGUUUCAAGACCUAUUGUUUUAUAAGAUAAAUAAUUUUUGAAAUGUCUGGUUUUCCUAUGUGAUGUCUGAUAUAUUAGUGUGUCUCUUUCUACUUUUUAGAGGUCACUGGAGUAAUGUUUUUAAAGUGUAUAUAAACACCAUGGUGCAGCUAUGUCUGUUAGUGAUGUCAUAACUCUGAGGGCUUUUUAAAGAACAUGACUGCCUGUUUUAACACAUUUAGAUAUUUCAAAGGCACCCGAUGCAUCAGUUUGAAAUCCAAAACUGAAGCUGGAUUUUUCUGUUAGCUAGCGGAAAAAGGCCCUUAUUUUGAAUGGUGCAAGCUAGGUUUCCAGGUUCCUGUGGUGGACUGCAGUGUGACAGUUCUGCAUGUGUACAUUAAGUACUGCUUUCUACAGAUAUGCGUAGCUUGCAAUGUGCAUUUGUUCCAAACCACUUACUUUUUUAAUUAUUCCUCACCUCUAAGAGGUCUGCUGUCUGUGCAGUGAUGAGUGUUUCUUUAACACCUGCAUGAACAGUUCAGCCUGGGGCAGUUUAUCCUUUUGACAGACCACCGUUCUGACCUACUGUUCUUCAGUAAGGGGACCGUUCUUCCAAUGCAGUCAUCCCCAAUGCAAAUCUCAUAUUGUACAACCAUGUCCUGGAUUCAUUCGCAGGUCUGGAUCUGUGGGAUCAUUUGUAGUCCUACACCACCGCCCUCAAAACUUCAUACCAAACGGUUUCCACCCUAUUCGGUGCAAUAAAACCUCCAUCCCUGGUCGAGCACCACAAAAGUGGUGCUUUGUUGAGUUCAUGCUACCUUUCAGCAUGUUUGUGAAUAGUGUUUGAUGUAAAUUGUAUUGAUUGGAUUGUCUGUUCUGUGUGGUAAAAAUCUGUAUUGAGAUAGUUUUAAAAAAAAAAAAUGUAAGUGAUGCAACUUCAUUUACUUGUCGUAUGUUUGGAUUGUUAAUGUUGAAAAUGUUAUAUAAAAUCCUUCUCUAUAAAUGUCCUAUGGAUACUGUUCCAUGUUAACCAGAUAGAGCAGACUCAAGUAGAUAUGUCUAUACAUUCCAGAAACAAAGUGGCGGAGGGUUUUUCUUAUUAGGAAAUAUAAUAUUAUUUGUUAAGCUGUUUAUUUGCACUUUACCGCACAUUGACAGCAUGUGCUUGUUACUUCUGUGAGCUCAAAAAGGGAUGAUUAAUUCAGUUUCCCAUAGUAAAAGCAUAGCAAAGUGUAAUAAGGCACAGUGAAAUAAAGGUGAAGCACAGAUAAGCAUUGUAAAGAUAAUGAAAAACAUGGUAAACUAUGGUAAAUGCGUGGUAUCACCAUGGGGAAAACUGCAAAAUUACUCUGGUAAACUUUUAUAAGGGUUCUGUUACCGCUUUUUGUGUUGAUACUAAAGUUUGCUUUGGUAUUGGUGAACAAAGGUGAUAAAUAGACCAGCAAUGGUCGUUUCUACCUGGACAGGAGACCAGUCACCUUUUAUCACACAUUGCCAUCACAAAACAAAUAAAUGCCUAUAGAUUAAAUCAAAAGUACUGCAUUGCUUUGAGCUAUAGCUGUGUUUUAUGACUGUAUUUAAUGAACAAUCCAUUUAUAAGAGGAAACCACCCAAGCAUCCCAGUUAGAAAAGGAGUCCAAAUACAGUCAAAAAACUGUAGCCCUUAAUUUAAAAUACAUGUAUAUUGUGCCUCUAAGUGUGAUUGAAUGCCAUCAUAGAACAAUGAAAUAAUACAUGGUUUGAUUGAAUGCCAUCAUA